AUGCAUACUUGUGCUGUCACUAAUGAUACUAAAGGUACUGGAGAGUGUCCUCUUCUGUUUGCUGACGAUUUGGUGUGGAGUGGCCAGAUUCUACCCUUUGUUGGUGUUGGACAGUAUGCCUUUGUAGGAGCCGUCAACAAGAAGAUGAAUCGAGUCUACAAAGACUACUGCAAAAUGGAACUAAAGAAUAAGCCAAGAAAGAUAAAGGAUAGUAGCCCAGAUUCUCACAGUCACUCUGCAGCAAAAAGCACCCAUACUCUUUACAGCGAAACAUUCUGCAACCAGCUGCGUGCAGAAUACUGGCUCGGGGACAAUUCCAGCCACAAAAGGCCCCAUCGCAUGCAUGUUUGCAAUGUAAUUGCCACAGUUGGAAAUGUUACUGUCAUGCAGUGGGCACGCCAACAAGGAUUUGCAUGGAAUCAACAAACAUGUUCCUCUGCUGCUAAAAGUGGACAUUUGGAAAUGCUCCAAUGGUUAAGAGAGGAUGACUGUCCAUGGAGUAGAUGGACAUGUGCAUGUGCUGCCUCUGGUGAACAUUUCGAACUUCUAAAGUGGUUGCAUGCAAAUGGUUGUCCAUGGGAUGCAUAUACAUGCUUCCAUGCUGCCUCCGGUGGUCAUUUGGAAAUUCUAAAGUGGGCUCGUGCAAAUGGUUGUCCAUGGGAUGAGUUGACAUGUCACUAUGCUGCUAGAAAUGGUCAUUUGGAAGUCUUGCAGUGGGCACUUGAAAAUGGUUGCCCAUGUAAUGAGUUGACAUGUGCUGGAGCUGCUGCAGGUGGCCAAUUGGAGAUUCUAAAGUGGGCUCGUGAAAAUGGGUUGGCAUGGUGUACACGGACAUGUGAACGUGCUUCUCAUUGGGGUCACUUUCAUAUACUCAAGUGGGCUCAUGAAAAUGGUUGCCCAUGGGAUGAGUCAACAUGUUUUGGAGCUGCUGUAGCUGGCGAUUUGGAAAUGUUGAAGUGGGCUCGUGAAAAUGGUUGUCCAUGGGAUGAUCGGACAUGUGACAAUGCUGCCCUAUAUGGUCACCUUGAUGUGCUCAAGUGGGCUCGUGAAAAUGGUUGUCCAUGGAGUGAUCGGACAUGUAGUGGAGCUGCUAUAUAUGGACGUUUGGAAAUCUUAAAGUGGGCUCAUGAAAAUCAUUGUCCUUGGGAUGAAAUUACAUUUCUAGCUGCCAGAGCAAGUCGAAGGAACACAAACAAACGGGAAAUGAUCCAGUGGCUGUGCGACAAUGGCUGCCCCGGGUCUCGUGAUCAAGGACACUAA